AUGUUAUAAUAAGAUGAUAAACCUAAAUUUACUUAUCAAGUUCUAUCUUCUCAAAAAACAAAUAUCUAUGGUUUUUAAUUAGCAUUUAUAUGUGAAGAAUCCAACUUAUUUGGUUUUACUGAAUAAGAAACCAUUAGGAUAUAGGAAUUUGAUCUAAACUUCAUGGAUUAAAAAUAUAAGCAAUACACUUACCUCUCCUAUAAAUUGGAGGGUCAUACCAAUCAAAUCUAUAUCUUAGAAUAUAAUGCAAGACUUAAGCUAAUAGUCUCUGCAAAUCUAGAUGAAAUGAUUUUGUGGCAAAAAGACAUUGAUAAACAAUGGAAAAUUAAAUAAAGAUUAUAAGCGAUAAAUUAAACUAAAUUAUUUUUUGCCAGAGUAGAAUUAUCGAAGUCUUCUAAAACUAAGAAAAAUAAAAUAUUUGUUUUUCUUAAACUUAACUAAUAUCCAAUUAGGGAAAUUAAAUGA